AUGGCCACGACUCAGAAGGAGCUCGGACAAAUGGACCUCCAGGAGCGCGUCUCCUACAUCCAGUCCGCGACCAAAGACAAGGAUGCCGAUGGUGACUACACCGACGCCAAGACGCCCGGUGAGCUCGAAGACGGCGCACUCGUUGCCGGUGGCGCGCUCUCGCUCGCCUCUCGUGAGGCCCUCGCGCUCUUCUCGCAGUACUUUGCCAUCGGUAUCCUCUACGGCAUGUUGCCCGGCAUGCAGUACUCGGUGUUCCAGAACUACUUGAAGAUGGAAGGCUACCAACUCGCGGCGCUUGGCUGGCUCUUCCUCCUCCCGCCGCAGAAGGAAGCCAUGCAGGCGCUCAAGAAGCGUGGCCAGACGAGCAAGCUCGCGGGCGCGCUCUUGGUCAUUAUCUUCUUCCUCGCGCUCACGUUCUCGGUGACGACCAACUUUUUGUCCGUGUACCCGUCGACCAAGUGCCUCCGCAUCGCUGGCGGCAAGGGCCGCAAGAACGGCACGUGCAUCGUCAAGAAGUAA